AUGACAUACUACGGCAUAAGAGAUAACUGGAGCUACAAAGGCCUUACAGAGCCUCUGGUAUCCAGCAGAAUUCAGGAAGGAAGCAAAGGACUGGAUACCCUUAACAGUAAAUGCAGUGGAGCCAUUUCCAGGAGGUCAAAGUCUACUGCGAGCAGUGACCGAUGCAAUUCCUUGUGCUACGGAGAGCUAAAUGGUAACGCAGGAGAGCGAGAAGUAUCACUAAAGGGCCUGUGCUCUGAUGAAGCCACCACCCCAGGAUCCAGGGUACCCAAUGGCAGCCAGCAGCUCGUAGAUUCUAAUGCCACCCCAAAGCAGCCUGUGAAGGCCAGCACUUUGGGGAAAGCUGGAAUCAAAACCAAGAACUUCAUUCAGAAAAAUAGCAUGGACAAAAAGAAUGAGAAGUCCUACGAAAACAAACACAGAGAAAACCAGUCCUCAGACAAGCCAGAGGGAGUGUCUAUUCCAAACGGCGUGGUGACCAAUAAUUCCAGCUACAUCACAAAUGGCUACGUAGGCAAAGGGGCCGACAACGAUGGUAGUGGCUCCGAGAGUGGAUAUACUACGCCUAAAAAACGGAAAGGCAGGCGCAACAGCGCCAAGGGUUGUGAGAACUUGAAUCUAGUACAGGACAAAAUAAUGCAGCAGGAGGUCAGCGCACCAACCUUGAAGCAGGAACUUGACAGUUUCAAGCCUGAUUAUAGUGAACAAAAGGGGAACCGAAUUGAAAAUACUAAGCCUGUUUGGAAAUACGAGGCUGGGGCUGGUGGAGCAGGCCGGGGAAAGCCUGGGCUCGGGGAUGUACCGAGGAAAAACUCUGAUGCCAAACCUGGGAUUAGCAGCAAGAAGUUUGAUGACCGGCCCAAAGGGAAGCACGCAUCGUCGGCUACGUCUAAAGAGGACUCAUGGACCUUAUUUAAACCACCCCCAGUUUUUCCAGUGGACAAUAGCAGUGCUAAAAUUGUUCCCAAAAUUAGUUAUGCAAGUAAAGUUAAAGAAAACCUCAACAAAGCAGCUCAAACCCCAUCCACGUCAUCCUCGUCCUCUUCAUCAUCUGCUGGGGAAACUCAGGCCCAGACAUCAAGUCGACUGUCCCAAGUCCCCAUGUCUGCUAUGAAAUCUGUCACUUCUGCCAGCUUCUCCAACGGGCCGAUCCUGGCAGGGAGCGAUGGCAGUGUGUAUUCCCCGGGGGCCCAGCCACUGCUCUCCACUGCUGCUAGUACUGUACCAUCGACCUCCUCUGAGUCAGUAGUACCCCAGGACACGAGUACAACUUCGACAACGCUCGAACAAAAGAAAUCUGGCCUUUUUAUCUAUCCUUCAAAUAUGCAAACUGUGCUCCUGGGGACAGCGCAAGUCGAUUUCCCUUCGCAGACGAAUCAGCAGAACCUGGGGGAUAUCUUCCAGAAUCAGUGGGGCUUGUCUUUCAUAAAUGAGCCCAGUGCUGGACCUGAAACCGUUGUGGGGAAAUCUGCAGAUAAUCAGUUAAUGGAAGUGACAUUUCAAGGGGAAUAUCCUGCCACUUUGGUUUCACAGUGUGCUGAAAUCAUUCCCUCAGGAACUGAACAACCUGUGUUUCCUAAGGCUUAUGAGCUGGAUAAACGGACUAGCCCUCAAAUUCUUAGUGCUAUUCUUAAGCCUGGGACUGCUGUUGAGGGUGGUGUCUUAGCUUUGGAGUCGCAUCACACAGGUGACCUACAAAAGGCAGACACCGGUAGCCAAGGUGCUUUAGUGUUUCUUUCAAAAGACUAUGAAGUAGAGAAUCCUCUGGCCUCUCCUACGAACAAUUUGCUAGCCUCCGCCAAAGAACAGAGGUACCAGAGAGGCCUAGAAAGGAAAGAUAGCUGGGGUUCUUUUGACCUGAGGGCUGCUAUUCUAUAUCACACUAAAGAAAUGGAAGCGGUUUGGAAUUUGCAGAAGCAAGAUCCCAAAAGGAUAAUCACUUAUGAUGAAGCCAUGGAUCGCCCGGAUCAAUGAAGGUAGCAAGACAAGACUGCCUGUUCUAACCUUUCUGCAGCAUUUGUGCUGUUCGUGGGGGACAAAAAGGCUUUUAUGCUCCUUCUAAAUCUUCAGUGCAGCAGAGGAACCAUAACUAGAAUCACAGGAUAAUAUAUACAAAUAUAUAUAUAGUUAUUUAAAAAUGGCAACUGAAAGUAAUUAGACUUCUUAAGGAAUCUGAAAAUUUAUUUCAACGAGACUACACGCGUGAUUAUUUAAUCUCCGGUACUGAAUAGAUUUUUUUUUUCCAUUUUGUUUUGUUUUGUUUUUGUUUAAAGAGUGAAUGCAAGUGAUUAAGGAAUACAGACUCAAUUACAAGCCCGGUUUCAAAGUUCCUGCUGUCGUCUACAUGGGCAACAGCAACCCACUGGAGAGGCAUUUCCACCUGACAAGGUUUCUGUUUCUUGUUCUGUGACUGUAGUGACACACUAUUCACAGGGAAAUCAGGAUGAUUCACCAUCCUUCAUCUCCCCUUUCCCUUCCACCUCCCCUGUUUGGUUUCUUCUUUUUUUUUUUUUUUUACUGAUUUGUUUUCCAUUGAAUGCUGGAGAAACGCCUCGAAGUUUGCAGAGUUUCUUUUUUUUUUUUCAGAGAAUUAUAAUCCGCAUGUUUUGCCAGGAGUAAAGCAGCAAUCCUAUGCUGGUGAUAUUGACUUAAAAGGAUCAUUCUGCUGAGGGAAAGAUGGUAAUACUGCAGUUCUAGGAUGCAUGGUGAAGUCACACAGUUGACCUGGCUCCUGUUACACGUUGGACUAUUGCAACUGAAGAGUUAUUUCAUUUUAAAAGACAACAUGGAAAAAUAAGCAAUCUGUUUAGGCAUUUAAUAUGGAAAAAAAAAUCCCCAAAAAACCCCACUGUUCCCACAGAUUAAUGCUAUUGUAUUACUGGGAGCAAGAAAAAAAAAAAAAAAA